AUGUUACAACGACCAUUUGGUUGUUUUGUUUAUCCGCCAAGUUGUGCAGCUGAUAAAAUUUCACUGAAACAAUCUGCUCCAUUAAGACAACAUGCCAUUGAAAUGUAUUGUAAUCACCAGUAUGUAACAAAACAAAACUAUAAAGUAAUGAUGCUUCCGCAGGUGCAAUGCAUCACCUGGUACGUUAGAUGUGGCAAAUUAAUUAAGGAUAUCAUUUAUUGUGAAAAUGGAUUCAUUUAUGAUGCCAAAUUGAUGAAGUGUAGGCAACGAAAUAUCGACGAUCGUUGCAUAAUGCCAGAUUUAUGCAAAAAUCGAAAGUGGAGAAUGGUAUCAUUCGGUGAAUGCAAUAGACAAUUCAUAUAUUGCCGAGAUCAAGUACCGGAGGAAUUCGUUUGCUCUAAAGGCUUCAUCUUCUUCAACGGUCGUUGUAUUCCGAUAUAUCAGGCCAGCAGUCAGUGUUGGAAAUGUCAAGAUGGCGAGAAACGGCAUACAUCACUUCAUUCAUGCAACGAAGACAGUGAUUCGUUUAAUUAUCAUCCCUUGCUAAUUCUGCUUUAA